CCAACCAUAUUGUCUUAGUUCUAAAGUCUGAACUCAAAUAUUGAAGUAAGAGAGAGAAAAAAACAAGAAAGAUGAUGUCAAACCCUUCAAUCUUGAUCAAGCUUUUGGUGGUGCAAUGCCUAGCAGUUCUCUGUGUUGCUAAGGAUUUUGAUUUCUUUUACUUUGUUCAACAGAGUUGCACUGUGGUUGAACCAGAGUUUCAAGGCCUUCAACUUCACUGUCCAGGACUUCUUGUCCAAUUUAAGACAAAUCAGAUCUCAGACCUCGCCAGUAGAUUGGAAAAAGACUGGCCAACACUAGCAUGCCCAAGUGGGGAUGGGUUGAAGUUCUGGGGACAUGAAUGGAAUAAACAUGGGACUUGUGCUGAGUCUGUCUUUGACCAGCACAGCUACUUCCAAACUGCUCUUGACCUUAAGAACAAAGCCAACCUUCUUCAAGCCCUCACCACUGCAGAUAUUCGACCAAAUGGGAAGUUUUACCACUUAGAGAGCAUCAAAGAAGCCAUUAGAGAAACUGUUGGAGUCACCCCCUACAUUGAGUGCAAUGUGGAUACAUCAGGCAACCACCAGCUCUACCAGGUUUACAUGUGCGUCGACUCUUCUGGGUCCAACUUCAUCAAAUGCCCAGUUCUACCCCAUAGUCACCCUUGUGGUUCCAAAAUCGAAUUCCCUUCCUUCUCAGAUAACUCAAACUCGAAGAAUGAUGAACUCUGAUAACGAUAUUGUCCUUUUUAUUGUUUCAUUGAUCAUCAUCAUCAGUUGGAUUUUAAUAAUUGCUUGUAGUAACCAUCAUUCAUUGACUA